UGAACUCUGAAUUAGUCCCAGCCUCUUAAACAUGCUGUGAAGUAGCAGUGAGUAGAGAAAACAAGGAGCUGACUACAGAAAUGGAACAAUGGCCUGAUAGAUGGCAAGAGGCCAUGCUUUCCCACUGACAUCGGCCACGAAUCAAUCAGGCCAUGGUUAGAUUUAAAGUGGCAGUGGCACUCCAUAUACUCUUCAGCUGGAUUUACAGAGGAGUCUCAAACGUUCACUGCUCUGGAUACGUGUGGAUAGAGCCAGCUCCAGUCAUUCAGAUGGGUUUGAACAUUUCUAUAAAUUGCCACUCUACGGUAAACUGUCAAAUGGCAAAGUUAUACAUGAUGCUAAAUAAUACUCAUAUAGAAGACAAAUUAUUAACAACAAUAAACAAAACUACAGUGCAACUUCAGCUUCAUGAUUUCAGAAAACCAUAUUCCAUUGUCCUAUGUUAUGCCAAGUGUCCCAGCAAAGCUGCAGAUAUGAUAGUAUGUGGAACACAAUUUUUUGCAGGACAUCCACCGGACAGUCCAACCAAUUUAACUUGUGUCAUUUAUGAACAUUCAGACCACCUGACUUGUGCUUGGGACGCAGGGAAGUACACCUACAUAAGUACUAAUUACAUUCUCUACCUGAAGAGUUUACAGACAGGUGAGGAGAAAGCAUUUCCUUCGAAUGCAGCAAUCAACAUUUCAUUGAGCAAAUUACAAGGAGGCAAACUGUAUUCUAUUUGGGUCCAAGCCAAAAAUGACCUAGGCACAGCACAUUCGGAUCAUCUGCAAGUUAACGUUGAGGAUUUAGUGAUACCAGCCACACCGGUUAUCACCAAUGUUGAAACUACAGACAGUUCAGCACCGAGAACCAUACUCCACUGGAAAAAGCAAACAUCCAUGGAGAACGUUUAUUGUGAAGAGAGAUACAAAGCACUGGCAGACCAAACUUGGCAUAUGAAAGAAUGGGACAUAAAUGUGACAAGAGGGCCACACACAGAGUACAGCCUGGAGUCGAACACAGAGUAUGAGUUUCAAGUGAGAUGCCGAUUAAUUCUUGCCAAAAGCUAUUGGAGUGGAUGGAGUGCGCCCUUUAUUUAUACAACCCCAGAAGCAGCACCUUCUAAAAUCCUGGAUGUGUGGAGGGUUAUGGGUCCAGUAUACACGAACGGUAGCCAAGAAGUGAUGGUCUUGAUAAAGCCUCUCGCUCCAAAAGAUGCCAGAGGAAGAAUUCUGGGUUAUACUGUGUUCCAUGAAAGCCAGGGAGAAAUGGUUAACUUAUGUAACACAUCAGACACACAAUGCAAAGUUCUGGUUUCCCCAGCAAUGCGCACCGUCCAUGUGACUGCAUACAAUUCAAAGGGAAGUUCCAUGCCAGCCAGUAUAACAGUGACCCAAGAGCACAGUAAUUUUAACGAUUUCCUAUCCCCCACCAACAUGCAGAUUAGCCAUGAUGACCAUAGAGGAGUAUCUGUCAAAUGGGAGCUGCCUAAAUACAUUGGAAGAUCAGUCCUGUGGUUCAUAGUUGAAUGGAUUUUUGCAGCUCAGCAUAACCAGCAACACGAUUUUUUAUGGAAGAAAGUCCCCAGCCAGGAUACAUUUACAUAUAUAGAGGGAGACCUCACAGAAGGAAUUCACAUGAACAUUUCAGUAUAUGCAGUGUAUGAAGAUGGAAUAAGCAAGCCAUGUCCUGGCCAAUUUUAUCUGGUGGAUUUAGUAAAAAGGCUCCCAAACACAAGCAUUGAUACUGAUCCUGUAAUCAUCGCCACAGCUACAGGGGAGAUUUCCUAUGAUAACGAUGGAGACGUUUUUUGGGGAAUAGGCACUGGUGCGAUCAUACUAUCAAUUGUUUUCUUAACUUUGAUAUUUAAAAAAUCACUUAGAAAAAGAGUUAGCACAGCACUUGCAUCAUUGACACCAAAAUGGCUGACUGAAGAUUUUCCUAAUGUGGAAAACAGCAGUGUGGUAAAGUCACUCCAGGAAAAAAGUGAGUUAAUGAGUAGCAAUUCCACCCAGUUGUUCUUGGAUAAUGAUGAUCCAGUCAUUACGGAAGUACUAGAGACAUCACUGCAGGAGGAGUGCAAGACCACAGACACCAAAAAGGGAAACAGAAAAGUGGCCACUGAGCAUAUGGCCAUCUCCCAAAACUCACUGAUUGUCAGCGCUCUAGUCCCUGAGCAGAACAAUGGAUAUAAGCCCCAGGUUUCCAACAGAAGCCCACUGGGAAAUGUAUUUAGUAAUACUUACGAAACACAGUCCCAAGCACUGGAUCCAAACACGUAUCUCUCAAGCCAAGAUACACAUGUUUUGUUAAAAGAUUAUACAAGUCCUAUUACUUUCUUGUGGAAUGCUGAAGGAACUGGGAGCAAUACAUUUUUACUUGAGAAGUUUAACCUCAUUUUAAACAACAACAGAAGUGGACAGAGCAACAUUUUCAGUACAACAGAUGAGGAAUCUAAUACACUUUUGGAAAACCAGUGGAAAAGUCCACCGUCCACUGAAAAUGUUCAAGAGCAGACGUUAGUUCCAGAUGAGUUGGUCUCUUGCUUAGGAGCUGUGACUGAAGAAUCCAUAGGUAUAAAGUCCUAUUUUCCACAAACUGUUGGAAAACUAUUUCAAUAGAAAUAAUUGUAAUAAAGAAAUAAUACUAUUU